AUGAUGAAUGAUGAUAAGAUGAAGGUACCAAUCUUCGACGGCCAUUAUGAGCACUGGAGUGAGAUGAUGGAGAAUUUGUUGCAUGCAAAACAGGUAUGGAACCUAAUCGAUCCAGGAAUUAGACAGCCGGCAGUUGGAAUUGCUCAAAGCGAUGCUGAGAAGAAGAAAUUGGAGGAAUUGCAUAUAAAAAAUUUACAAGUCAAGCACUACUUUUAUCAAGCAAUCGAUCGAGUCACCUUCGAGCAGAUCAUGGAUAGAAAGACUUCCAAGGCGGUGUGGGACUCCAUGAAGCAAAGAUUCGCAGGCAAUGAACGAGUGAAACGGUAUAUGUUGCAGAAGCUCCGAAGUGACUUCGAAAUCCUCGAGAUUAAGGCCAACAAAACCAUCUCUAAAUACUUUGUUAGGGUUUUGACAAUUUCAAAUCAAAUAAAGAUCAACGGGGAAUUGAUAUUUGAUGUCAAAAUUGUUGAAAAUAUCCUCAAAACUCUGGCCGACAAAUACAUCUAUGUGGUGGUUUCAAUUGAAGAGUCAAAGAAUGUUGACGAGAUGUCCAUUGAGGAGCUACAAAGUACCUUGAUGGUUCACGAACAGAAAUUCAAGUAA